AUGGUUGGUUUGGGUUUGAAAGGGUUCGAGUUGACUUGUGUGGACUCAAUGGUGGAUAGGUUUCUCACAAGGAACUAUCCACCAAAUAAUGGUCAUAAUCAGCUCAUUGUGGCUCAUCGAAAUGCUAGUGUUCGUGAUCUCAAAAUGGAGCUCACGAAUAUUGAGGGGAUUCUCCAAAUGGAAAAAAAUGACGGAGAAGUCCUACAAGCAAGGAAGAGAGAUAACGGUCAUUGGUGGGAAGCUCCAAUUAAAGAACUUAACUUUUUCCAACUGCAACAACUGAAGGAGGCAAUGGAAAGCAUAAAGAAAAAAGUUGAAAGAGAGGCACAAAACCAAAAAAUGGUGACUAGUAAUGCAUUCCCAUUUCUCACCUUUGGAAGUGCCUUGGCUCCUAUUAGCUUCGCAAGCUUCAAAUAA